AUGAAUAAAAAUCAAAAUGAUUGGAAAGUUGAAUUAAGAAAAGCAACAAGAUCAAGUUUAAUUAGUAUAACCAAUGAAACAGAUUUUCAAUUACAAAGAAUAUCAUGUAAAUUACAACAGGGAAUGUUAAGAUUAAUCCCACCAGAGAUUAUACCACCAAAAUCAAGCAUAGAAUUUGGAACAGAAAGUAAUGCAUUUAUGACAGGUACAAAAGGAUCAGUAAUUUAUAUAGUAUUACCACCAUCAAGUUCACCGAUUAAUGUUGGAUCAAUUCAAUCAUUAACUCAUUUACAAUCAUUAAAACUUUGGGAUCCAUUAGUUUAUAUUAUAAUUGAAUGGUCAACACCAUAUUGGUCACAACAUAGUUGUAGUAUUCAAGUACAACCACAACAAAAUUCAUCAUUAUUAAAUGUUAAAUCAAAUUUAUCACAAAGAGAAAUUAAUAAACAAAUUCAUUCAGAAGUUUUAAUGUUUAUACAUAAUAAUGAUAGUAAUGGUGAAAUUCAAUUUAAAAUUUAUAAAAAUUCAUUAUCAAAUAGUGGUAAUGGUAGUAGUGGUGGUAAUAAUAAUAAUAAUAAUAAUAGUUUAAAUAAUAGUAAUAAUAGUAUAGGUAGCAGUGGUGGUAAUGGUGGUGGUGGUAGUAAUGGUUCAUCACCAAGUAUGUCACCACAAUUUACAUCAAUUUCAAAAACAAAUUCACCACAAAUUAUUAAUACAAGUAGUAAUAAUUUAAAUAGUAGUAGUGGUAAUAAUAAUAAACCAAUAUUUUCAAUUGUAGAUAAUGAUUAUACAUCAUCACAAUCAACAUCAUCAAUACCAGUAGUUGCAGGUAUAAAUAGUAAUAGUAAUAGUAAUACUAGUGGUAGUGGUAGUACAAGUAUAUCAUCACCAAAUUCAUCAUUUUCAUCAAGUUUACCAUCAUUUUUUUCAAAUAAUUUCCCAUUACCAUGGUCAAAUGAUGGAUUUGGAGUUGAUGGUGGUUGGAAAGCAAAUGUAAAGAGAGGAUCACGUGGUCAAUUUAUAACGAUUCGUAAUAAUACAAGUAAACAUUUAAUAAGAAGGAAUCAAACAUGUUUAAAUAGUGGAAGAUGGUGUGAACCACCACCAGAGGGUAUACCACCCAAUUCUAUGAUUGAAUUUGGUUCGGUUAGUAGUGGUUUCACUACGGGUACUGAUGGUGUAAUUCAUUAUCAUAGUCAAGGUUCGAAAUCUGAUUUUAGAUUUCAAUUUAAUAAUCCAUUAAUGGGUAAAUCAUCAUUCACCUAUCAUUGUCCAAAUGGUUUCAAUGUUGAAGAGAAAUAUACUGAUGGUAAUAUCUCAUCAGUAUCAUUCACAAUUAAUGAAGGUGAUAGUCAAACAAUUCCAAAACAAAUACCUGAUUCACCAUUACCAAUACCACCAAUUAAAACUGAUCCAAAACAAGUUUUCAUAAAUGAUGAUUCAAUUAGAAUAUUUUCAUUUAAUGUUGGUUCAAUAAAUGUUAAAGAAAGUGGUAAAGAAUUAAUGAAUAUUAAUAAUAAUAAUAAUAACAAUAAUAGCAAUAAUAAUAAUAAUAAUAAUGAUCAAAAUAAAGAUAAAGAUAAUCAAAUGUUAAAUAAUUCAAAUUUAAUUAAUAAAAGAAUUGAACAAAUUUCAAAGAAUUUAAUUAAUUUUUCAGAGAAAUAUGAUAUAAUAUUAUUACAAGAAGUAUUUUUAGAUUCAUCAAAAGAUAUUUUAAUAAAGAAUUUAAAGAUUUAUUAUCCUUAUAUUAUUGAUAGAUGUGGUGAAAAUUCGGGAUUAUUCUUUGCAAGUAGAUUCCCACCACUAUGGAAUGAAUUUAGACAAUUUAAUAAUGGUAUUGGAUCUGAUGUAAAAUAUGGUAAAGGUGUACAAGGUGUGAAAUUGGAUAUAUCAACCAUUAAAGAGAAUACUUAUCUUUACGUUUUCAAUGCAAAUUUACAAGCUAAUCCUGAUAACUCAAUCGCUUGGCAAAUGGUGAAUGGUGAUGAUAAGCAAAGGAAAGCAGCAACAGUGCGUACAUUACAAUUACAAUCGAUUCGUGAUUUCAUUUCAACGGAAUUGGCAAUGCAAUCUUCAACCAUUGCAAACUCUGCUCUAUUAUUAGUUGGUGAUUUCAAUUUAAAUGCAGAGGUUGAGCAAGUCAUUUCCGAUCAUGAGAGUAAUAGUAUCACUCUCUCACAAAUCAUACCAGAGUUGGCAAAGAAAAUCAAUAGUAAAGAGAUCACCCUAACUUUUAGUUACCAAUUGUUAGAGUAUUUAAAUGAUUUAAAUAUUCCAAUGAGAUAUUUAGGCAUUCUAAGAUCACAAUUACAAAAUAAUCGUAUGAAAUCUUUGGUACUCACUGAAAUGAUCACCUAUAUCAUCAAGAAGGAUAUCAUUGAACAUUUAACUCAACGUCAUAAUCAAUAUCAGUCAAAUAUUAAUGAAGAUGAACAAAUCUAUAGAGAGGUGGUAUUGGAGACUUUUAAUUUAAUAUUUCAUUAUACUAGAAAGGAUUGUAUUCAAUUUUGGCGUCAUCAUCUUAGAAAGAGAUUAAGAUCCGAGUUUAGUUCAUCCCUAUCGGAAAUUGAACAACAAGAUUGGGUGGAUUUAAGAACUCAUGUAAUUAAUCUUCAACUAUUUACAAGUUUAAAAUAUUCUUUAGAGAUCACUUUUAAUCCAAAAGCUGUUUUCCAAAUUAUGAAAGGUUCAAGAAUAAAUACAAAAGAAAUCAUACCCAUACCAUUGAUUUUACCUGAACAAAUCGAAGAAAUCAUUUUACCACCAUUAACUUCUUAUUGGGGUUCAGAUUCAAAUACUGAUAUAAAUUAUUUUACAAAUAUUGAUCAUUUAAAAGAACAACAAAAAAAACAAGCUCAAUUACAACAAUUACAACAACAACAAGCUCAACAACAACAACAAGCUCAACAACAAACCCAACAACAACAAAAUUCAAAUAUAAAUAUAAUUAAUACAAUAGAAUCAUCACAAAUUCAACAAAAUAAUAAUAUACAAAUUUAUUUGAAACAAACUGAUGAAUAUAAUAAUAUGUUAAAGAUAUUAGGUAAUCCUGUUGAUUUAUUUAGAGAGUCUAAUCCAUUUUCACCAGGUUAUACAAUUCAUCAAUCUUUAAAUCAACGUGUUGAAAAACCUUCACUCAAAGAACGUGUAGAUUAUAUAUUAAACUUUAAAUUAUCUCCAAAUUUUGGUGAUCAUGAAGGUAGAAAUCAAUUAUUAAAAUUGGAAUGUACUGAAACUAAUAUAGUUCCAAUGGGUGCAACUCCUCAAACUAGAUUAUCAAAUCAUUUUGCAUUAGAAUGUAUAUUACAUAUUAAAAAGAAAUAA